AUGAAGGUCGAAUCUGCGAUUCCAGAAUGGCUCGUGAGGGAACGUACGAUUCCCCCGAACAUGCCAACCAACUUUGACCCUCCUUUUGAACUCUACACCUCCCGGUUUCCCAGGAACACCAAGGACCUCGUUCUGGCUGUUGUGGGUGCACAAUACCCAUCGGCAUCGCUAAACGAUGGGAACGCCAUCAAGACCAUUUCAUCGUUCAUCAACCUGAGCAGUUCGAGUUCUCGACCCGGCUUGCACAAAGUCGCCGCGGUUAUGGAUAACCAGGGACACUCCAACAUUGCCGUCUUGCUCUACUGGAAGAGCAAGGCAAACCACGACGACCAUCAGCAUGGCUGGUUCCUGGAAGUCUUCUACCCGACCAUUGACCGUUUCGAAACCGUCAUCACGACAGAGGUCCCGCAAGGGGCAGCGAACCUGCGCGAGACGAUGAGCGGCCCGAUCCAGGAGCACGUCUACUGGGGCAGCCUUGCGCGAUCGACGUCCGCCCCGUCCUCUGCCACCGGACGUCGCGUUGUGCCGGGGAAGAAGAACCUCGUCGUCAUCCGCUCCGGACAGGACUGGUCCGUCGCUGCGCCUGAAGAGCGGCAACUGUAUCUGAACACGAUGCACCCCGUGCUGAUCAAGGGGAUGGACUUUCUCCGCGACCAAGGCGACCAAGUCGGGUGCUUCAGCUGUCGGUUCAUGGAGAUUGUCGACCCCGUGACGCAGAAGGGCGGCACGGAUCAGACCUUUGGGCUGGCGUACUUUGACAGCCUAGCAUCGCUUGAGAAAUGGAGCAAAGAGCACCGCACCCAUCUCGAGAUAUUUGCCGGGUUUUCCAAAUAUGCCAAAAAGCUUGGGGAUAGUAUGAGCCUGCGGCUGUUCCACGAGGUGUUGGUGCUGGAGCCGGAGCAGCAACGUUUUGAACGACGCGAGACGGCGAACCGGCGCAUCCGAUUUUUCGCCUCUCAGUAUGAUUUGAACGAGUUGGAAUAA